GGAACUAACAGUAACUGGGACGCAUUCUGUAGCCGGAGUUCCUUUUGUGAACUCCCGUACAGACACUAAAGUCAAUCCAAUGCUUUAAUCAGUGCGCACACAGAGAGAUAUCGCUGUCGGUUCCCUCUCACUUCCAAAGCUGAAAAGAUUUCAUCAAGUCGCCGGGUAGAGACGGAGCCGAGCCAUGGCAGGGGACGGCUCGGACCAGCGGGCGCUGCAGUAUGAACAAACUCUGAUGUAUGGGCGCUACACCCAGGAGCUCGGGGUGUAUGCCAAAGAGGAGGCCGCCAGGCUUAGGGAGAGCGGACAGAGGCGAUCAGUCAGCGACCGAAGCCGGACCCUGGACCUGCUGGAGUACGACAAGGGACGCUGUGCCAAGUGUCGAAGGUCAGGGUACCCGUAUGUUCUGGACGCCCCAGCCCACGACUUUAUCUCUGUCUGCACGGUUCGCUGUCAGAAGUUCCUGAUCUCGCGGGUCGGGGAGGACUGGAUCUUCCUCAUCCUGCUGGGACUCCUCAUGGCCCUGGUCAGCUGGGUGGUGGACUUCUGCAUCGCCAUCUGUCUACAAGCACAGAAGUGGAUGUACGGUGGUCUGGACAGUAAUGUGUUUCUGCAGUACCUGGCCUGGGUCACCUACCCUGUAGUCCUCAUCACCUUCUCUGCCGGAUUCACCCAGAUUCUCGCACCGCAGGCUGUUGGUUCAGGGAUUCCAGAGAUGAAGACCAUCCUCAGAGGAGUUGUGCUGAAAGAAUACCUCACCUUCAAAACGUUUGUGGCCAAAGUCAUCGGCCUUACAUGCGCUCUUGGCAGUGGCAUGCCACUUGGCAAGGAGGGUCCCUUCGUACACAUCGCCAGUCUGUGUGCGGCUCUCCUCAGCAAGUUCAUGUCUCUGUUUGGAGGAAUCUACGAGAAUGAGUCAAGAAACAUCGAGAUGCUGGCUGCAGCCUGUGCUGUGGGAGUGGGCUGCUGUUUUGCUGCCCCCAUAGGAGGCGUCCUGUUCAGUAUUGAAGUAACAUCCACAUUCUUUGCGGUGCGGAACUAUUGGAGAGGUUUCUUUGCUGCUACCUUCAGUGCCUUCAUCUUCAGAGUGCUGGCUGUUUGGAACAGAGACGAAGAGACCAUCACAGCCCUUUUUAAAACCCGCUUCCGGCUCGACUUUCCCUUUGACCUCCAGGAGCUUCCUGCCUUUGCCGUCAUUGGUAUUGCCAGCGGUUUUGGUGGGGCUCUGUUUGUCUACCUGAACCGACUGAUUGUCCAGUUCAUCAGGAAACAGAAGGCCAUCAACAGAUUCCUCAUGAAGAAACGUCUGCUGUAUCCUGCACUGGUCACUUUACUUGUUUCCACACUCACAUUUCCCCCUGGCUUUGGACAGUUCAUGGCUGGCAAGCUUACCCAGAAGGAGUCUCUGGUGACCUUACUGGACAACCGGACGUGGGCCAAACAGGGCAUAGCUGAGGAGUUUGACUACAUCGGACACUCGCAAGCCUGGAAACACCCACAGGUCAACGUUUUUGUCACCCUGGUCCUCUUCAUUGUCAUGAAGUUCUGGAUGUCUGCCCUGGCCACCACCAUACCAGUGCCCUGCGGAGCCUUCAUGCCAGUUUUUGUCAUUGGGGCAGCCUUUGGUCGUCUGGUUGGAGAGAGCAUGGCAGCCUGGUUCCCAGAUGGCAUUCACACGGAUGGCACCAUCUACCCCAUAGUGCCAGGAGGCUAUGCUGUCGUGGGUGCGGCGGCCUUGUCCGGAGCGGUCACCCACACAGUUUCCACCGCUGUCAUCGUUUUCGAGCUGACUGGCCAGAUCUCCCACAUCCUGCCGGUGAUGAUAGCGGUGAUCCUGGCGAACGCUGUGGCCCAGUCCCUGCAGCCCUCCCUCUACGACUCCAUCAUCAGGAUCAAGAAGCUGCCCUACCUCCCGGAGCUGGGAUGGGGACACCACGAGAAGUACAACAUUCGUGUGGAGGACAUCAUGGUGCGAGACGUGCGGUACAUCACACUCAACUGCUGCUACAGAGAUCUGCAUAACGUCCUGCUAACUGGCCACCUCAAGACUCUGGCACUAGUGGAGUCAGCUGAGUCGAUGAUCCUGUUGGGCUCCAUCGAGCGCGCCCAGCUCCAGUCGCUGCUCUCCCAGCAGCUCGGUCGGCCCAAGCGGCUAGAGUACAUCAGGGAACGAGCCGUCGCGGAGAAGAAACGCCUGUCGGUGGUGUCAAACCCCGGCAGCGACGAUGGCAGCCAGCGGGUCAGUCAGGAGGUCCGCUUCCAGAUCUCGACUGAGGAGUCAACCUUCAGUCCCGUUCGUCCGGUUGCUCUGAAGCCCCUCAAACCAGCACUGAAGAGAUCCUCUGUGGUAGAGCGACCCACCGAGAUCCCUACCAGCCCACAAGAUAAUUCGGGCAUUGCUUUAAAGAACCUGUUCUGCGCCAGUCCAGAGACAGAAGGCCUGGAGAAAAACAACAACGUGGAGAGCCCCACGUCUCCUGAGCACAGGAGGCCCUCCAAACGAGUCCGGAUAUCCGUUGUGGAGCCACCAGCCAUCUUAAAGAGCUUCCAUGGGGAUGAUGGAGAUGUGGAGGAUGACAUGACUAUAAGAGAGAUUUCCGAGUGGGAGGAGAUGCAGCUUGAUGAGCAGGUCAACUUCAACAACUGCAAGAUCGACCCCGCCCCGUUUCAGCUGGUGGAGCGCACGUCGCUGCAUAAGACCCACACCAUCUUCUCGCUGCUGGGCCUUGACCAUGCCUACGUUACCAGCAUAGGACGCCUCAUUGGGGUGGUUUCCUUGAAAGAGCUUCGCAAGGCCAUUGAGGGUUCUGUGACGGUAAAAGGUGUGAAGGUGCGUCCUCCUCUGGCCAGCUUCCGGGACAGCGGCACCAGCAGCAGCGAGAAUGAAGCCACCGAGCUCCACAAGCUGUGGGAUCGCCACAAGAGCAUGUCGCUGCCCCGCGAACACACCCCCUCUGAGUCCGACGAGAAAUCCCAGUGAGCGAAAAUAGAGGAGGGGGAAGAAGAAGAACAGGUGAAGGGAGAGGAGGAGGAGGAGGAGGAGGCAUUGAGAUCUUUAAUCUCCCAAAGCCACAAAAGAAAUGCAAAAAUCCUCAGGGCUUAGGAUCAAUAUUUAAUUCUGAGAAGAGUUCCAGUGCUCCGCCAGCCUCUUCGUAACUCCUCUUUUCUCUCCUCAUCUAGUCCUCUUUUUCUCCUCCAUCCUCCACUUUUUUCUUCGCGGACCCACCAGUGCUUUCCCCAGGGUUCUUACACUGACCAAGCCAGACACUCCACAGGAGAGUAGAACACGACUCAACCUGUGCCCUGCUCUCCAUUUACCCUCGGGAACCCACAGCAGAGUGAAUGUGGAUUAUGGGGAAAGAAAGAAUGAAAGAAAGAAAGAAAGAAAGAAAGAAAAAGGACUCAUGUUGGUUGAAUCCAACAAGGGACUGGGAAUUGGUUGCAAUCUUAAUAAAAGGGAUUUUUUUUUUUGCAGACUAUGUUUAGCUUAUGUAUCAUUAGAGUUGGGAUCAAAGUUUGGACCUUAUUGAACAAGUCUUCCACUUGAUGAGAGAAAUUCAGCAAUGGUGACGAGGAGGAAUAACGUAUGUUUGUAAGAGUGAGUGUAUCUAAUGAGAAAAUGUGAGUGCGCGUGAAGAUGGAGGUAGCAAAACGACUAUUUCUCAUAGGAUUUUCUUUUUUUUUUUUGUAUUGCCUUUAGAACACAUUUCAGUCUUUGUUUCCCAGCUUGAAUAAUUUUAUUUUUGACUGAUCAGGUUGUCUGUGUUUAACUGGAAUUUGCCAUAGCACCAUUUUUAUCUGCAGUCUGUCCCCUCGACAAGCACUGGACUACGGGGACAGAUGCCUUAGUUUUCUAUUUUUUUUUUUUCUUGCUUUCAUUAUUCCUCUCUUCCUUGGUCUUCUCAUCUCUUCAGUCUUUAAUGGUCAGGUUGAGAGUACCAUCUAUGCAAGCAGACAUGCCUGUAGGCAGUGGUGGAAGCACCUGUAGCCCUUUUCAUUAUGUACACUCCUUACAUAAUGCAGUCUUACAUGACAAGGACACAUAGAAACACACACAAAUAAGACGGCAGCGACGCACUCUGAGAGUCGCGGUUUUCUGCUUAUCUAAAUAUAGCUCUUAAUAACCGUUCCAGAGAAGGUUGGGGGCGGUCGGACAGGGCAGGAAGCGAGGGAGAGAUGAAGAACAGGGAGCAAAUGGAUGGCUGAAAGAAUGAAGACAUCAUUACCUAACCAGCUGCUCUGGGUCCUCUCAUCAAUCUGCCUUUGAUUUCCAUGUUAGCUAACCUCCAUCACUUUCAGAGACACAGUGACCCCCCACCAGCUAUAUGACGCAUGCUGUAGGGUAAACAUGUUGCCAACAUGCAGUAUGUACGUCAUCAUAUGACCAAGCUGUAGUCCAACCAUUUCAAAUUAACUUAAUUUACCAAGUCAUCACUAAAGACUUACCCCAGCUACUCGUCCGACAUAGUUGACCAAUUCAACCUCAAACCUUUGGCAUUAACAUUGGCAGGUUCAGUGUGUAGGAUUUGGUGCUUUUUAGUGGUGUUGUGGCAGACUGCAACCAACUGAAGACCCCUCGUCUAUGGUGGCCACUAAGAAACACAAAAGAGCCUCUCUGCUUCUGUGGAAAUGUGGCGGACUCCAUGGAAGAGGCGACCCAACUGCCAGAGCAAAUGUUGGCCGUGUAUGUUUCUGCAUAUCAUGGAUAUGUUGCAAAUACAUAUGUCUUUAGGUCCACUUCGUAAUUUCAUGGUGUGUCAUCGCUGUUUUUUAGAUUUAGGAAAAACAUCUGGUUUUGUUGUCACACUUACAGAUGCUGAAACACAGUCCCCAACCUCCACAAGUGAAAGUCAGCGCGUGUACAUGUAACACAUUAUGUAUAUUGUCCAUGUGGUAUAUAUGGCACGGACACAUCUCAACCUGUCCAUGCUGUGCAGAAACAUUAACUGCCGUUGUUUUCUGGCUGCUGGGCUGGACGAGGACCCACUCAGGCUCAUUCCAUGAAUAAAAAUCAAUUCUAUCAAUUCUGAUUUAUGAAUUCUAAGGGAACGAAAACACCACAGCUCUUCAUUUCAGCUGAUUUUACAAUAAGGAAAACAUAAUUAUAAAUAUGUUAUUCUAUUCCUGCCAAUAGAUCCCCUGAAAUCCAACACACUGGACCUUUAAUGACUGAAUGGUUUCUGACUCAGCAAGUAGUCUGAUGUGAAAGAUAAUGUAUAUGUACUGUGUAUUUAAUAAUUCAUGUGUGCCAUAAUGCUUGAGGCUCGUCAGUGCGCUCUCUGCACAUUGUCAGAGGAACAUUGAUUUGUUGUACCCUCUCCGCUCUUUCCACUUCCACUAAAAUAGGCUGCUGCACCCAAACACGUCAUACAAGACACUCACCUUUAUUUUGUUUCUAGUUAGUUUUUUUGUUUGAGUUUCUUAUUUUUUUGUUUGUUUGUAGGAAAAAAAACAGAUGUCCACUACUACCUACAGAAUUAUCUCUACUGUUUGGAUGCCUUAAGUAUGCACCCAUACUGAACUCCAUUGUGUUUUUCUGCAUUUGACGCAUCGCAUGCAUUUUAUUUUUGGCGGUGUCUUGUCUUGCUGCGCACCACUAAAAGUAAAAGCUGAACAGCAUGGCUUUGCAUGACUGAGUGCAUGUAAUAUUUGUUUUAUAUAAUGAAAAUGUACCAAAAACUUGAUGGAUAUUAAUGUGGGGGCGAGUGACUGAUGUGGUGUCUUAGUACGUUCGCCAUCCUGUGCCUGUAUGUUAUGUGUCUUUACAGAAUAUUAUUUUAUAUUUCCUGUGUUUGAUUUUUUUUCACUUUGAUUGGCAUCUUAAUUUCAUCCGAUGAGCUUUAUUCACUGUCUGAUUUUGAGCUGGGGAUGGGGGGCGUACAGAUUAAUAUAUUUAACAUCAUUCCUGUAAUGUAAAACCAUAAUUUAAUGUCUUAACCAAUCUAAAAAUUGCUGACUAUUCUCCUUUUUAAAGAGAGUUUUGGGGGCUUGUUUUAUGAUAUGUGUUGUAUUUGCUUCACAUCUGAUGAUUUUACAGUUUGAUUUUAAUGCUGUCCUUUAUGUGUUUUGUUUUGUUUUUUUUAUCUUUUGACAUGUCUGAUAUAUUUCUACUAACAUUUAUUUGUAAAGUGCAAAUAACACUAACGGGGUGAAGGCUCAUGAAGGUUCGCUAGAUGGGAAAGCAAAAGGAGAAGUUAAUGUUGAAGGGACCAGCAUGAGGUCUGUCGGUGACACGCUCAUUCCACAAGUGCCUCUCUUUUAUCGAUAAGCAAUCGACACCGAAGUGUUUGAAUCUGGUUUACUAGUCACAUGCAUGUGGACGAGGCACUUUUCACACACACACAUGUACACAAAUACGUAAGUGGGGAUGGAUGAUGUGUCAGUUAUAUAUAACAGUGUGCCGUUAUCGCCAUGGUAACCUGCCGUCAUCGUCGCAACCCUCCCAUCUGCUCGCCCCAGGGGCUGACUGAGAUCCACUCUGAUUUGGUUCUGUUCAUUUCUUUGUGCUUUUCAUCGAUUUUCAUUAUUCUGCCUUCUGCCAGAGCCUUCCCCUCUGCACACAUUUCAGAAUUGUUCAUCUCAUUUGCUACCAGACAGAUAUAGACUGAGGUAGAUGCAUAUUUAUUAGUCUGUAUUAAUCAAAGUAGAAGUUGUAAAACAAACAAACAAAAAAAGUUUUUUGUUUCUGAUUAUUUUUAUGAAUGAUCAACUUGUAAGUAAUCAAUUUGUGCAAUAACGGUUGUUCAUCUCACUUUGUAACCCAGUUUUGAUUAAUGACAUGAAUGCAAGAUAACCUUAUUUUUGUAAAGAAACCUGAAAAGUGUAAAAAGAUGUAUGUAUAUUAGGAACUGACACUCACACAGGAGCUUAUGUGUGAUAAAGUGAUGUGAUGACGGCUUAAGGGGGAAGGUUUCCCAAAAGCUUUAAUAAAAGCUGUCAGAGUCGCACUAGAAUCAGAAUUAACGUAUUUAAGGACACUGUGUGCACCCUUUUAGGUGUUGUCUAGUCUUUGUUCAAGAGGAAUCUCUUACACUCCUCAAUUUUGGCUUUGGGAAACCUUCCUUGUCUGGUCAUAAAAGUCUCUGUGGUGAAACCUGCUGCAUGGAUUGUGGCUGGCACUCUCAUACAAACCCCCCUUAAGCAGUGGCGCUAAGUCAGUUUUAUCAUACUCCUCUCUAUCCUCUCCUUCAGUCUGAGGGGCUUUGAUAAGACCAGAUGCUUGCAUCAGCUGUUAAGGGUUAUCUUUUAUCCACUCCUUAGGGCUCUUAGGGACUGUACAUUGUACAUACUGGAGGCCCCCACUAGCCCAAGGGCCAAACCAGACAGAGCUGAACAAAAUCCAGAGCUAUUUUUCACACAGAAAAAUGAAACAUUGUUUUGUAUAUCAGGGACGAAUAAAUGAGAUUUUAACAAACA